AUGCCUUUUUCUCACAACUAUGGGGGUUUGCUUCGCCCGAAAACGCGCGUGGUAGCGCUGGCUGACUUCUGGCGUUGUACAGCGCUUGUCGUCCUAAACUCUCCAGAUAGAUCACUGUCCAACGAACAGGUGCACGGUUUGGCGUCAGCCUGCGGUUUCGUCGUUGCAGCCGACGGUGGAGCGAACUGGCUGCGCGGAACCAACGUCAGACCCAAUGUUCUCGUGGGCGAUUUGGACUCUGUAGAGGACGAAACUAGGAGUUUUUAUGAGAAAUCUUCAGUUUUAUGUCAGAGUGAUCCAGAUGAGAGUCGAAACGACUUCCAAAAAGCGCUGACUUGUCUACCGGACGCGUUCCAACGAGCGGUUGUCAUCGGCGGUGAUGGCGGUCGCUUCGAUCACCUGCUGGCAAAUAUUCAUGCCAUGUAUGCAGACGCUAUGCAUCAUCAACACCGAGAUGUUGUUCUGCUUUCGAGUAAAAGCAUGGCGUUUGUGCUGCGGCCCGGUGGCCAUACCAUCCACAUCGAUGAAUGUGUAGAAGGUCCCUCAUGCGGCAUGUUCCCCAUGGGCGGGCCCUGCAAUGUCCGCACGCGAAACUUGCAAUGGGAUGUCAAUAGCGAAGGGUGGAAUGGUCGUCCUUUAGAGUUUGGCUCAUUCAUAAGUUCGUCGAAUCGCAUUCUCGGAAACUCGGUAUUGAUUUGGACGGACGCGUUCCUGCUGUGGACCCAUGAGGUGCGCUGGCCGUCGCCAGGUGGAUAG